AUCAAGCUCUCAGUACAGAACAAAGAAAGGAAUCAACAGAUAUCUUCAAAACCUCCAUGAAAAUUAAGACAAGAAGAAUAUCUCAAUUUCAUUCAAAUCUCUCAAAAUGGGUUUGUCUCUAAUCAAUUCAACAACCAUUUCCCUAAUAUUUUCACCAAAACCCAAACUCAUUAUCCCAAAAUUUCAUCAAAAUGUGAAUUUUUAUGGAGAUAGGUUUUGCAAAAAUCUAUCCUUUACAACAACAACACCCAGAAGAUCCUUGUUGUCUAUAAAAUCAGUAUUAUCCGAGUUUCCUAAUGAGAAAAGUUACUCUAAGAUUGGUGCUCAAUCAACUGGACCAAUUCCUUCAAAACAACUCCUUCAAGUUGUUGAGCUUGCUGCAAAGACUGGUGCUGAGGUUGUGAUGGAGGCAGUUAACAAACCUCGAAACAUUAGUUAUAAAGGGCUCACUGACUUGGUGACGGACACUGACAAAAUGAGUGAGACUGCUAUCUUGGGAGUUGUAAAUGAGAACUUCAAAGAUCACCUUAUUCUCGGGGAAGAAGGUGGACUAAUAGGAGAUUCAUCUUCUGAUUAUCUAUGGUGCAUUGACCCUUUAGAUGGAACAACAAAUUUUGCGCAUGGCUAUCCCAGCUUUGCAGUAUCAGUAGCAGUUCUUUUCCGAGGAAAGCCAGCUGCUGCUGCUGUGGUUGAAUUUGUUGGAGGUCCUAUGUGUUGGAAUACCCGUACAUUUACUGCAUCAGCCGGUGGUGGUGCCUUCUGUAAUGGACAGAAAAUUCAUGUUAGCCAAACUGAUCAGGUGGAGAGAUCUCUUCUAGUGACUGGAUUUGGAUAUGAGCAUGAUGAUGCAUGGGCGACAAACAUAAAUUUAUUUAAAGAAUUUACUGACAUCAGCAGGGGUGUGAGGCGGCUUGGUGCUGCUGCUGUGGACAUGUGUCAUGUUGCGUUGGGGAUUGUGGAAUCUUACUGGGAAUAUCGUCUGAAACCUUGGGAUAUGGCUGCUGGAGUUCUGAUAGUUGAAGAGGCAGGUGGGAUUGUUUCACGCAUGGAUGGUGGAGAAUUCUGCGUGUUUGACAGAUCUGUUAUUGUAUCCAAUGGAAUACUCCAUUCAAAGCUUCUGGAGAGAAUAAGUCCGCCAACAGAGAAACUGAAGGACAACGGGAUUGAUUUCUCCUGGUGGUUUAAGCCAGAGAAUUACCAUACCGAUCUUUAAAUCUCAGUGUCAGUUAUCUUUUGUGUUAGUCUUCAUUUGUAUAGGAAGUUUAUAGAGUGAAAAGUUAUUUAUACGGUACACAUUGACUUCACUGUAACUUUCAAGAUUCCAGCGUUCUACCCAUCAGCAAUGAAUGCCAGUCUUCAUU